AUGAACGACAACAACUAUGGUUGUUAUUCAAAGGCAAAACCAUUGGAGCAACCAGCAACACUGUUCACGUUUGAAAAACGUGAAUUGAAUUCAAACAACUGUUCACGUUUUGUUUCAAAACGUGAAUGGCUUUCGACGGAGAGCAGGAGUUGUCGGCGGACUUCCUUGCGUGAGCAACAGCGCAAGAAGGAAGGAAGAGACGGUGGCACAGUUUCGCGGCACAACAAUUUGGCCGACGUAAAUAGAUCCGACACAGGGCUGUUCGGCCGGCGCAGUCUCCAUCAGCAGCAGCUUGGUCUUAGCACCUAUUUAAGGUGGGUCCGGUGCCGGUUCUCGCGUUCAGUUUCCGUUUCGAACCAAUUCGAGAAGGCGGCGACGGGCAUUGCCCACGGGAAGGAUCGCCUGAGGAAGAGGCACGAGCGGCGGCUGGGAGGGAAAGGCCUGUCGAUCGAAGCCUUCGCCGACGCCAAAGCCAGGUGCUCUUGCUACAACCCUCUGCUCAUGCUUGAUGUAUUGGGUCUCUAUAUCAUCCCUAAGUGGCCCAUGGGGUUCUACAUUUUGUUUAGCAGCAUGGAAGUAGAUCAAACCGAAAGUCCUCCAAAGCAAAGUAAAACGAAGAAAAAGCCUUUCAGAAGUUUAAAAGAAGAGUACGAGAAGAAGCACGCCGAAGAUGAGAAAGCCAGGAUGGAAAGGGAAGGGAUCAUUCAUGCAAAGAAGGAGAAGAGUGCGAAAAAUGAAGCCAAAUGGAAGACACGGCGGGAAAAGAUGUUUAAAAAGACCCGGUCAGGUCAGCCAGUCAUGAAAUUCAGAAUUGAGCACAUCUUGGAAGGCCUAUUUGAAAGUUCUAAAAAUUAGUAAGUCUUUCAACUUUGUGAAUGAAAAUUAGCUAUUCAACUAGUUUUUACUGUAAAUUAUCGAGUUUGUGCUAAGAGUUUUCUUAUAAUGAUA